UAGGUUGUGGUUGAGGGGAGAUGGAAGAGGGAGCAGUGGGAGUGUUGCAGCGGAAAGGGAAAGGGGGACACCUUAAGAAGAGGGCUUUAAAGAACAAAGCUUUGGGUGUCACUUUCAACGAGAAAGAUCUUCAGGACUAUGUCGGUGGUUUUCACAAGCGAAAGAAGAAGAGAAGGAAGGAAGCCCAGAAACAACAAGAGGAGGUGCUGAGGCGGAAACGCAGCGAGGAGCGCAAAAAGAGGAAGUUGGAAAGAGAAUUUGUUAUGUAUGGAGGCGUAGCACCAACCGCUGACUCUCGACCAGAUGAAAUUGACGAGUGCCAAGAAGAAGAAGUUGAAUCUACUUCUGGAACAAAGACAUAUGAAAAUGCUGAUUUGAAAGUCACAGUCGUAACAAGUGAGAUCAACCCCGAAGAAGAAAGUUAUCCUAGUGAAAGGAAGAUGGCAGCAGUGUCCCCCCUUUCUGUUGUAGCUGAUAAAAGGCACAAUGUGCCGGUAAAUAAUAAGAAUCUUUUAAAAAGGUUGCAAAACACAAGUCACGGCCAAAGCCAAGAAGUAAGAGAGAUAAAAAGAAAGGGAAGAAGCCGGGAAAGAAGUAAUGGUAGCUGGGCACUCAAGUCUACAAGUAACUGUAUUCUUGUGGAGGUGAUUAUUGAGUUCAGCAACUUAUCUACUGAGAAGGGAGAACUCAUGCUUGCUUAUUGCAAAGUUUGGGCUUGUUUCAUAGUUAUCUAGUUGGGGUUACAUGGUUCCUAAUGUCAAUGACUGGAUUUUCUUCUGCCGGGGUCAUGUGUCUUCCUGAUUUUAGCUUUGAUCCAUUAUGGGGAAUUUAAGGAUUAAGGAAGAUACGAUGGCAGACACAAACACCUAAUUUUUCUGUUUUCCGUUUUCUGUUUUUCUUUUCUUUUUUGCUAAUCGGUAAUAUUAUUGUGUUGUAUACAUUCAAAUCAUGCAUAGUUUUAAUUUUCUAGUUUUACAUAUUUUUUUGGGUUCUAAAAUUUCAGCUUCUGACCCAAAGAGAAGCCUUUUCAGUUUAUGUUUUUGUUUUUUGAUGCUAUAGUUCAUCCAUAUGUAGGGUUU